CAUAACAUUGCGAUUGUUCGAGACGAGACGGUCAAAUCUCGCUUUGCAUUAUAGCAGUCCCUCGCUAACUCGCGUCGUCGCGAAUUGAACUGUGCGACAAUUUUCGCGUGCGAUUCUUAUUCCCCCGGUUGAUUGACAGCGCUGUCUAUGCGUCAAGUAUUUGGGUUGGAUGGAAGGCGGUGCUUUUUAAUUAGUUUUUGUUGUCCUUGGCUUGCCCCUGACUGGCUUAACUUUGCUAGACACGAGUAUUCCUUCUGGCCUCUUACGGUAAUACGAUUUGCCUCGCAAAACCCAAAGCUAUACCAUAAUCACUAAACACUGCGACACUUCAUGUCCCCUUCGUUUGUCGGUGCCUUAAAGGAAACCAAGUGUUGUCUAUAUUUUGCUUUCAAAAACCGCGAUAAAUACGCGAUGUUUUUUACGCUAGGCUUUAAGGUUACGGGCGGCGAGAUGAAAGCGUACGCUCACUGUAGUGUUUUUCGUAUUGACGCUGAAAAUGCCCAACAUUAGCCUCAUAAUUGUUUGGUUUUUGUUAGUAACACAAAGCUGAUUUGACAGAAGUCUUUCUUAUUCUAAUGGGCGGUGUCUUUUGGUCUUUGAUGACAGCCCCCUCAAACGAGUGUUGAGCAUGGGGCGGCGAAUGCAAGACAGGCAUAAUGGACAUGCGAAUGGCCACAAAAUCUUAGCGUGUGCCCUGUUUACACUCUCGCAGCCAAUGAACGCGCGGCGGCACAGCGCGCGGCACUUUGAUGUAUAGAAUCCAAUUAUAAAAUGGCCUCUCAUUUGCUGCGUGUCAUUAGUUCACCGCCUUUCCGACCGCCUAAGUCAUCAUAUCAUAAUGGGCCUUUAUUUGCGAUAACAACAUAUUUUACUAAGCACCACUCAACUGAAGGCACCACCUACACUUAUUAAUUGCAUGGCGGUAUCCUUUGAACAAUUAUGAUUGUCUGCUUUUGAACAGCUGAAAGUGGCUGCGCCUAGGAAUAUUUAUAUCAUUACACUUGUGUGAUUCGCCGCGACAGGACGGACGCUAAAAUACUCCGUGGGUAAAACAUACUCAAAGUAAAAAUUCUACUUCGUGAAAGAAACUAACGGACAUGGCUGCAGUAAUGCUCCCUCGCAGGGAUCUCAUGCCAAUACCUCAUGACUACUCAAAACCAUCACCUUUAGCGAUGCUGGCAGCAACGUGUAGCAGAAUAGGCCAGACGCCUGGUAUACCGCAGCCAACGACGGAUUGCCCGACUCGUAGUAAGCUGAUAUCGCCGUAUUAUGGGGAGCAAUUUUUCCUACAGCCAACAGCGACCGUGACGCCGCAUUAUGGCUAUCUGGAACGAAACCUUCCAUUAACCCCGCCACCAGAGGGCCAUUGUAAUCCGUUUAGCGACUACCACAGUAAGACUUUAAUGGCUCCAACAUUUCCACUGGCAUCGACACAGCGUAAUUCCACCGGCCUACCUUAUUUCGCGAAUCAUCCGUGCGCGCCUAACCCGAUGGCGAGCAUUACCCCCCAUCCUUACGGCAAACCCGAAUGCAAAGCCGUAUCUUGGUGGAGCGUUGAAACGACCAAAACCCUCACAGUUCCUCACGUCCCUCACAACACAAUCCCAAGCUGGUCUUGUGCUUCGACGCCAGUUUCAUCCUGUGUCACAUCAAUCCCUGCGCUUGCCAUAAGUUCAACGCAAGUUCCUGGGACCAGACGAUGCAGACGUUGUCGUUGCCCGAACUGUCAAAUGUCUACGAACACCGGUACCCCGAACAAGCGCAAGGAACAUAUCUGUCACAUUCCCGGCUGCGGGAAAGUCUACGGCAAAACCUCGCACCUGAAGGCACAUUUGCGCUGGCAUACGGGAGAAAGACCCUUCGUAUGCCACUGGCUGUUCUGUGGGAAAAGUUUCACCCGGUCCGACGAACUACAAAGGCAUUUAAGGACUCACACGGGCGAGAAAAGAUUUUCGUGUGCAGAAUGUGGCAAGCGAUUCAUGCGAAGUGAUCACUUGAGAAAGCAUCAAAAAACACAUCAGAAUAAAGUGAAAACCACGAAAUCAGAACUUCAAACCACAGAAAACUCUAGCACAAAAGACACUGCAACAAGGGAGUUGGUUAAGGAAUAGUCGCACUCAGUAUCACAGAGACGUGUGCAUGUCUCUGUACCAACUUCGCGGGUAGCUUCGCGUUCUUGUCGAGUAAGGAAAUCUGAAACAAUAAUAUUGAAAGCUAAUUUAAGAUAGAUUUACUUCAAAGUCAAAGGAUGUUUGAAAAUCUUUGUCUCUGAACAAAGUUUCUAGCCAUGUAUAAGAAUUACUUUAUGCAUGAAAUUUAGCCUUGUGGCAAUGGGGGUCUAUCAAAAAAGAUACAAACGCCUUAUCUCCUGAUAUUUUGUUUCUCGACUCUGCAGCGAGCAUGCCUAGGUCUCACGGUUUUACAAAGGCGCUGUGAAUAUCGCGCACUUUGAGGCUGGUCUGAAAGAACGCGAACGUACCAAACGAAAGAAAAUACAUUUACAAAACUAUAUAAUGCAAUUCGAUAUAUUCAUGUUAUGUAGCAGGCUAUUUAACAGAUUGUAUAUAAUUCGUACGCUAAUUGUUGUAUAUUCAUUUGCUCUAAAGGGUUUACACUCGAAAAAUUAUACAAAGAUUAUAUAAUAUUCGUUAAAAUAUAUAGAAAUUUCAAUAAAACACUUCUAUGUCAA